AUGAAACCAUCUAAACUGAAAGGUCAUCUGAGAAGAUGCCACCCUGAUAAAACAGAGAAAGAUUUGAAAUACUUUCAAACACUCAAAGAUAAAUUUCAGAAGAGGCCUACACUGGACAGAAUGUUCGCUUCGACGUCACAAAGAAAUGAUGAUGGUUUGCGGGCGUCUUACAAUAUCUCGUUACUUAUAGCAAAAUCCGGAAAACCGCAUACUAUCGGAGAGAAGUUAAUUUUGCCAGCCGUUGACGAGGUUUUAAAAACUGUUUUACACAAACCUGCAUCUGAUAUCAUUAAAAGAAUUCCCUUAAGCAACAAUACUGUUGAAAAACGUAUUAAUGAAAUGAGUUCUGAUAUUGAAAGCUCUUUCUGUAAUUAUUUGCAAACGACCCAUUUCUCUAUACAACUGGACGAGUCAAGUUUACCUGAUAAUGCAGCAUUAUUAUUUGCAUAUGUUCGUUUUAUUAUGAAUCAAGAAAUCUAUGAAGAACUGCUCUUCGCAAGAACUUUGAUAACCGACACUAAAGGUGAAUCAAUAUUUCAUGUUUUGAAGGAUUACUUCAUUGAAAAAGCAAUUCCUUUAUCAAAUAUAAUAUCAGUAGCUACAGAUGGAGCACCUGCCAUGGUUGGAGGUUAUCCUGGAUUUAUAAGCUAUUUAAAACAACAUGUGUCAGGGGUGUAA